AUGGGAAAGCUGGGAAAGCGUGGCGCCGACUCGCUGGUAGAGGCAUCGGCCGCGACCGUCCGCCGCAGAGUCCUCCAGAAAAGUGCGCCGGGGAACGACGCCGAGGGCCUGCUGGCCAAGCUUGACAGAUACAACCUGGACAGCUCGCCGGGGACCGUGUGCCAGAAGACGGGGGCCACCCCGACAAAAAAGGAGGUGGAAAAGGCUCAGCAGCUGGAACCCAAAGGCAAAGUCGGGAGCAAAGCGCCUGAAGAGAAAGAGAAUCUGCCGAUGAAUGACGAGCCCCAGCCAAGCGCAAAGGCGAAAGCAAAGUCGAAGGCUAAGGCCAAACCAAAGGCCAAAGCUUCACAAGCCCCUGCGAAGGCGGCAGAGGACCAGGCGCAGGCGGAUGGCGACAGGACCCAGUCCGACACAGCCACUUGCCCCCCUGGGGCGCUGGCAGGAAGUGCCGAUUUGAACAAACUGAACCGGCAGUUCGAAGCGGCGCUUGCCAAACUCGAUGACUUGGCUUGCACCAACCGCGCUCGCAUGAUGCCUGCACUUUGA